AGCUAAUUUGCAUCAUAACUUUGCUCUCUCAGACCCCGUAGACCAAUUCCAAAUAUCUGCAAAUCAUCUCUCUCCGUCGAGAAAAUCUUCCAAAUUUUCUCGAGAAAAUUAAUCUUGGAUGAGUAUUAUGGCAACAAACGGCUCGUCGUAUGAAACAUCGUGGGCGGACCAGUGGGACAACAAUCCCGACCCGGUUUACGACGCCAAGAAAAGCAGCACCGGCAACGGCGGAGCCGCCGUCAAGUACAAGCAGAAGGUCGGCGAAGGCUUCGUAAAGACGAAAGCGGUGGCUUCCACCGGCGUCAAGAAGGUCAAGGAAGGCACAUCCAUGGGGUUCCAAUGGAUCAAAGACAAAUACCACAAGACCACGCAAAAGCACUAAUAUAAGUAUAGAUAUUAUAUAUAUAUAUAUAUAUACACACAUGUGUGUUUGUGUGUGUAUAUAUCUAUACGAACAUAUAUGUUUAUGUGUGUAUAUGAUCAUCUCUUGUUCUUUGUUUUUUUUGUUUUUGUUUUUUUUUUAUAGGAGGAGUUCUUGUUUGAUCUUCUUUGUUAUUGUACAUGGCGAUCGAAGCGAUAUGAUCUUAGAUGUCGUUGGAUUAUAUCUUUCUGGUUUCUUUGAAUUUAUUUAUUUUUUUUAGAUUUAAUUUGAAUUUAUUUGUUUUAUUGUACGAUGUAUAAUAAUACUGGUAACGACCCUGAUUUUCACGUUGUAA